AUGAAGUUGAAGGGCUGUGUGCUCUUCUUGGCCGUGGGCCUCCAGGUCCUGGGCCUCACCUCCUCCUGCCCCAGCGAGUGCACUUGCUCGAAGGCAUCCCAAGUGGAGUGUGUGGGAGCUCGGAUUCUGGUGGUGCCCAGCCCUCUGCCUUGGGAUUCGAUGAGCCUGCAGAUACUCAACACCCAUAUCCGAGAGCUGAACUCGCAGCCUUUUCUCAACGUGACGGCGCUCAUAGCGCUGCGCAUCGAGAAAAACGAGCUGUCGCAGAUCGCGCCGGGCGCCUUCAGCCAUCUGGGCUCCUUGCGCUACCUGAGCCUGGCCAACAACCGGCUGAACACGCUACCCGGCGGCCUGUUCCAGGGCCUCAACAACCUCGAGUCGCUGUUGCUGUCGGGUAACCAGCUGCUGCACAUCAGCCCAGCGCACUUUGCGCCCUUCAGCAACCUUAAAGAGCUGCAGCUGCACGGUAAUCGGCUGGAGCUCAUCCCGGACGGCUGCUUUGACAACCUGCCCGGCCUCGUCAAGCUAAACCUGGGCCAGAACCACCUGGGCCGCCUCUCGCCGCACCUCUUCCAGAGGCUGGGCCAGCUGCAGGUGCUGCGCCUCUCCGAGAAUCAGCUCAAUGAGAUCCCGCCGGGCACCUUCGACGGCCUGGGCAACCUGCAGGAGCUGGCGCUGCAGCAAAACCAGCUUCGGCAGCUGCCGCCGGGCCUCUUCCAGGGCAACGGGCAGCUGGAGAGGCUCUACCUGUCCAACAACCAGCUGUCGUCGCUGCCGCGAGGCCUCUUCCUGCAGCUGCCGCGCCUCAACCGGCUCACGUUGUUCGCCAACGGGCUACGGGAGCUGCCCCCUGGCUUGUUCGGGCCCAUGCCCUACCUGCGGGAGCUCUGGCUCUACGACAACAACCUUCAGCACCUCCCCGACGGCGCUUUCGAGCCGCUGGGCCAGCUGCAGGUGCUGGUGCUGAGCCGCAACCAGCUGCAAUCGAUCGCUCCCGGCGCCUUCCGAGGCCUGAGCUCGCUUCGCGAGCUGUCGCUGCACAACAACGCGCUGCAGAGCCUAGACGGCCAAGUCUUCCGAGCCCUGGUUAGCCUGCAGAACGUGUCCCUGCACAAUAACCGCCUCCGCUUCCUUCCUGGCAACCUGUUCGUCGGCGUCAACGGCCUCACCACCCUCCAGCUGCAGAACAACCAGCUGGAGAGCCUGCCCGUGGGCAUCUUCGACCACCUGGGCCAGCUGUGCGACGUCCGGCUGCAGGACAACCCGUGGCGCUGUGACGCCGGCAUCGAACCCCUGCGCGUCUGGCUCGUGGCUAACAGAGCCAGACUGGGCGGCUCGGACCUCCUUGCAGUGUGCUCUAGCCCAGCCGAGGUCCGGGGCCAGGCCAUCAUCUUGGUCAACGUCAACGUGCUGGGGUCCAGCCCCAGCUACCCCGCUGUUUCCCAGUACCCCUCCACCCCCCAGUACGUGGAAACAUCUCAGUCCGCGGACACAUCUCGGUACCCGGACACCACCUCCGUCUCCUACACGACCGAGUUCACCACCGUUGAGGAAGACCAGACCGACCUGACCACCACUGAGGACUUAGCCGACCGAGAUGUGUGGGGCAUGACCCGCGCCCAGAGCGGCCUGGCCAUCGCCGCCAUCGUCAUCGGCUGCAUAGCGUUGGCCUGCUCCUUGGCGGCCUGCAUCUGCUGCUGCUGCUGCAAAAAGCGUAGCCACGCGGUGCUUAUGCAGAUGAAGGGCCCCAACGAGUGCUGA